AUGUCAUCUCUCACCCUUUUAGGCUUGUACUUGAAUUCCCUCACGGGUAGUAUUCCAAAAUCAUUCGGCCAGCUUUCCCGCCUAACUGCAUGGAGCAUGCGCCAGAAUUAUCUGACAGGCUCUCUUCCGGUUGAACUAAGGAAUCUUACAAGUCUACAACUUGCACGGUUAUAUGAAAAUUCAUUAAGCGGAAGUAUUCCGAUCAAGUUUGGCCACCUAAAAUCCCUUCAACAAUUUGAGGCGCGAAACAAUAAUUUCAGCGAGAUGAUUCCAACAAAGUUGAGCAACUGUUCGGCGUUUGGGCUUCUCAGACUACAGGGCAAUCAACUAAGCGAGGGCAUACCUCCACAGCUGGGUCGACUACACUUCCUAGCCGAACUACAUUUGGAGUAG